AAAUAGUUACGGGCCUACGGCAUCAAAGUUAAAAUGUAAACAUUUUAAAAAUAAAUUCAUCACAUAAAAUGGUUAUAUAUUGAUAUUGUAUAAUAUUACAACCAUAAUAUAUAAUCUCUGAAAGAUGUAUAAACCAAUGAGUAUUGUGUUGAUAUCAAGUCUGCCUUAUUUAGUUAGUUUGGACGGCGAUUUCGUUUUUGAUGAUUCUGAAGCAAUUGUUAAAAACAAAGAUGUGAUUUCCGAAUCGUGGUUUGACCCUUUUUACAAUGAUUUUUGGGGCAUGAAUAUAAAAAGCAAUCUCAGUCAUAAAUCUUAUAGACCGCUAACUAUACUUACGUUCAGAUUAAACUAUUUUCUCAAUGGAAGACAAUUGUCAGUUAUACAUUUCAAAAUUACGAAUAUGUUGUUACACAUAUCCUGCUGCUUGCUUGUGUGGGCCAGUUUUCGUCAUAUUUGUUCUAAAAUCAAAAGCUCAAACGUUGAUAUCGCAUAUACGUCGGCUUUAAUAUUUGCUGUUCAUCCAGUCCAUGUUGAGGCUGUGAGUGGGAUUGUAGGCAGAGCUGAUGUACUUGCUGCUAACACAUUUUUUCUUACAUUCCUAUUGUACAAUAAAGCUAUGUCAAAUUCAAGCUGGAUAUGUUAUAUCUACUUAAUGUGUUCAGUAAUUAUGUCAGGAAUUUCAAUGUUGUGCAAAGAAAAUGGUAUAACAGUUUUGGGCUUUUGUUUGAUAUUUGACAUAUUAAAUACCAACAUAUAUAAUACAAACAAAAGAAAAGCAAGCACAAUAAUAAGAAUUGUAAUUACAUUAUUAUCUAUUAUGCUUUUGUUAUAUGGAAGGUGGACAGUUAUGGGUGGAACCAAACCAGUAUUCAAAGCUAUUGACAAUCCAGCUGCUUUUGCUGAGAAUUUUUUUACAAGAAUUAGAACAUACAACUACAUAUACUUUUUAAAUGGGGUUCUGUUUCUAUGGCCUCAAUGGUUAUGCUAUGACUGGUCUAUGGGAUGUAUUCCACUGGUUGAGAAUGUUCUAGAUAACAGAAACAGUUGCAUUUUAAUGUUGUACAUUUAUGUAUUGUUGAUAAUUUGCAACAUCAUUUUCAGAAAUAGUGGCCCAAAGAAAAGACUUAUUAUGCUUGCAGUUUGUCUCAUAAUAGUACCAUUCUCGCCGGCGUCCAAUAUAUUUUACAGUGUGGGUUUUGUGAUUGCUGAGAGGAUACUGUACAUCCCAUCUGCAGGUUAUUGUCUCCUCGUAGGGAUUGGUUUUAACACACUGCUUAACUAUAGAAGUCAACUCAUAUGUAAGGUUGCAAAGUUCAUGUUUUUAUUGCUUUUGUUAAUUUAUGAAACAAGGAGUUGGCAGAGAUCUUUGGAUUGGCAAAAUGAAUACUCUUUAUUCAUCAGUGGUUUGUCUGUGUGUCCACUAAAUGCAAAAGUCCAUUAUAAUGUUGCGAAAGUUGCUGAUGCCUCUCAUCACACUGAAUGGGCUCUAGCAGAAUAUAAAGAGGCAAUCAGGCUAUUUCCAGAAUACUAUCAAGCUAUGAAUAAUUUAGCAAAUUUAUUGAAAAAUGAGAAGAAAUAUCAAGAAGCCGAAUUUUAUCUAACCGCUGCUAUUAAGCAUAAACCAGACUUUCCUGCAGCUUGGAUGAAUUUGGGAAUAGUUUUAGCAAACACUAAACGCUACAAUGAGUCAGAAAUAGCUUACAAAACCGCUUUGACAUACAGAAAAAAAUACCCAGACUGCCUUUACAAUUUAGGAAACUUGUACCUGGAAAUGAACAAUACGUUUCUUGCUAUGGAAAAGUGGUUUGAUGCAAUUAAUCUCAACUCAAAGCAUGACCUCGCAUGGACAAAUUUAAUGGCACUAUUAGAUAAUACAGGUCAAAUAAAUAAGGCGUUAAAAAUUAUACCCAAAGCUCUCGCAGAAUUGCCAGAAUCUCCUUCAGUAAAUUUUGCGAUUGCCAAUAUUUAUGGUAAAAUAAAUGAAUAUGAGGAAGCCGAAAAAUAUUUCAAAAAAUCAAUUAAAUUGUUUAAUAGUAAGGUACAAGCAAUUCAUUACGCUAAUCUUGGGGUGCUGUAUCAUCGAUGGAAAAAAUAUUCGUUAGCAGAAGAAAUGUAUUUAAAUGCUUUAAAAAUAGACCCAUUCUUUAAAAGUGCUCAAAGAAACCUUCACAGUUUAAGAAAAUUCAAAAAUAAAUAAAAUUCAGUACGAUACAUU